AUGGAUAUCUUCUUAGGGAAGAAUGCCGGUGCGACCCUGCAAAAAAGGAUGGAAAGUUUGAGGAAUGUCGGCUGGAUUAUCUCCAAGGACAUCGACGACAUCCAACUGGACUAUGCUUUCACCACCGUGGUGCAGAUCAAAGAGAUGACAACCAAGAAGCACGGAACUGUUUCGAUGGUGGACCUGCGCCUCUCCAACGACAUUGAGAACGUCCCCUUGGACAGACGACCGGUUACUACAGCAGAAGAGUUGCCCUUUGAUGCUACAGCCUUUGGCUUGCCGGUCAAGAAGGGUGAAGUGUACAUGCUAUGCGGAGCCAAGAUCUUGCUGAACCUGCAAAGGGAAAGAUCAAUCAGAUUCCCCCCCAUCACGGAGUCCACUGCAUCUAUCGUCCUCCCGGCCAAGGCUGAUGCUAUUGUCUCUAUGAUGGAGAUUUUUUCUGGUGGUUUUGGUGCGUGGACUAUGGCAAGUACAAAGCUUCCAAUGACAAGCAUCCUACGGAUUGACAAUGAUGGUAUGGCCGUGGCAUCCACGUUGUUGAAUGAUGCCGAUGCAGUAUUGCACAACAUGGAUGAAGACCAGGAGACCUUUUCGCUCUUCUGGGGAGAGGCUGUUGACCUCAGAUGGGUCAGGGCCAUCCAUGGGAAAAACGUCGAGGUGGCAUGUGCAUCCCCGCCCUCUGACGGCUACAAAGCUGCUGGUGACUCAGAAGGUCUCAAGAAUGGCAAGGCAUCGAUUGCUUGGAUGCAGCUCUUCAUCGUGGCUAGACUGACACAGCGACGAGUCUUUGUCAUUGAGACCCUCCCUGGACUCGCGAGGCAUGAUGAUCUGCAAGUGAUUAUCAGGAUUAUGAGGUGGGCUGGGUAUACUACAACAUGGUAUGGCUUUUUGGACUCCAGCUGCUUUGUGCCUAUUGAGAGAAAGCGCUUUUUCUUGAUAUGCUGGAACACUGCAGACACGGACUCCCUCAUGAAGCCCUUCCAGAUGAUGAAAUUUGGCCCUCGAGAGCCAAAGCAGUGCCUCUCAGCAAUCUGGCACAUGAUGCCGGGGGAGCUCCUCUCUACGGUGAAGCUCCGACCCAUGGACAUCACCAAGGUGACCAGCCGAGAGCUUCUGCCGAAGUACCAGCAGAACAUACCAGGGUCACCUCUGCACAUCAGGAUCAUCAACCAGGCCAAGCCAGCGCCACCUUUGCUUGGCAACUACAGGCACAUCUUGGACACACCAUGGGUGACACUCAAGAAGAGAGGCCUCAACUUGCCGUUGGUUUUCCAAGGUGCAGAAGUCAGAAUGAUUUCCAGAUGGGAGCUACUCAGGCUCUUCGGCCUCCCUGCAACUACAAUUCUGCCGGACAACGAGGAUGAUGCGCAUAUUCUCCUUGGACAAGCCCUCACACCUGCGCAAGCAAUCGUGGUCCUUGCCUCCGUGGUUGGUCACAGAGCAGAGGACCCCAUGGACAACGACACCAUGCUCAGGUAUCUGGAUGCAGGACUGCAGGAGCUCGAGACAACCUGGUGCCCAUUCAGCAACAUGAGACCAUUCUGCAUGUCUGGAUGGUCAAUGCUGGUGCGAACCACAGUGGAAACUACGCCUACGGACCUGGACCAGCUUCGUACAAGACUGCAGGCCAGCCACAUCCAGCUCAAGGGCCGUACGGCAAGACGCAAGGAAGAGGAGCCAGACCCCAGGGAGUACAAGCUCUUCAUGACUGGCAAUGGUUAUUCUACGAUUGUCCUGGAUGACAGCGACUCGGUCACCACAGUCAAUGCCAAAAUUGCUGAGUUCAUGCUCCUCCCGGAGAACAAGGUGGCAGUCACCAAACUGUCGCACCCAACCAGGGAGACCCAGAACUGGAUCCUGGCAGGCGAGAUCCCAGAUGCCUGGUACGAGAAGGUGUUGAUUUUAGUGGACCCGGCAGUCCCGGCAGCAUACUGGAUGUCCCACAACAUCGACAAGCGGGACCUCAGCGAGACCUAUGCCGACCACCACAAAGCAUUGCCGGACAUUGUCACCUUGAAUGAUGAAGAGGUCAUGGGUUGGCCAAUCUCCUUGGUAUCGGGCGACGUGAUCAGGCUACGCUGGGAUGGACACUCCUCGGAUGAGGCAUGGAAGGAGUUGGAUGUUUUCAAGAAGCUUGACGAGGAUUUCCAGGCUCCACCAGACACUCCUCAAGAUGAACGUCCUGAAAGCAGUGAAGGAGGCAACACAGAAGACCCGGAGGAUGCAAGCGACGACCCGCCGCCUCCAACUGGUGCGCUACACGACGGCGAUGCUGAGGGACAUUCCACCACAGCUGCUACCGAAACGGUGCCACCCACUGUCCCCUACGAGGUCACACUCUCGGCCACGGACACGCCCACGCAGUUGGACUAUGCUCCCACAAACCGCCAUGCAACCAAGAGGCGAUGCACGGAUGAAACCAGGGAACUUGCGAGACUGGAGGCCGCGGUGGAGACGGCUACUGUCAACUAUGCCUCCAUCCAGAGCAAUCCCCCCAUGGCGAACGCAGUCUACAUGUCCUUCCAGAACCAGGUCAUCUCCUUUGCCAAGGACGACCCACGACCACUGGAAAGAAUAGCAGAGGAUGAAUGGGGAGUACAGUCGCACAUGAUCUAUUUCACACUUGGAACCAAGGUGCUGGGAAAACAGACAAUGGCACACCAACUCCCCAUUGGUGCUACAGUCAUUCUACGUGGUCGACUUCGUGGAGGAACAGGCCAAGCGGUCCAGAAACUCCGGGCGAUGCUGUCCUCCAAGGGCGUUCCAGACGAGAACCUGGACAGCAGAAUCCAAGAGAUUCGCAGUCAUAUUGGUGAUGCUGGAAUAAAAGAAGCUUACAGCUCCUGGGACCCCUGGACAAACCUCAAAGCCAAGAUGCCGACAAGACUUGUAAAAGAGGCUGAAGUCAAGGCGAAACCCAGAGCCAAGUCGGUCCAGUCUGAGGACCAGGUGGACCCCAUGCAACUGCACGACCCUUGGGGCCAGGCCCUCAAGGAGCGCGGAAUGUGGAAGUUGGAGACUUCUUUCUUUAAAAUGGAGGAUGGAUCCCCACCGCCCUCACUGGACAAGAUCACGCAUGGGGCCAGAGGUAUUGCCUUCAUCAAUGAACGAGAAGCAGAGGUGUUGACACAGAGCCAGGAGGUUAUGUCAGACCAUGAACUUGCGGCAUUGGUUGUUGCUGCCAAGAUCCAGAACCCGGGGAAGUUCUCCAUCAAGGACAUUGAGACGCCAUGCAGAAGCAAGGACAAUGACCGUAUUCUGGUUCGAGCACAGCUGCUCAACUUGGGAGCAAAGAUGAUUACACUACAAGAUGAAGGCAGUGUCCUGACAGUGGAUGAGAUCGAUGCCGUGGUUGUUGCUUGUGAAGCUAUCAAUGAGGAGAUGGAGGGAAAUGGUCGAGCACUUGAUCCUGACUACAAGGUCAUUUGGUUCAAUGAACUCCAGCUCUCCGACCUCAUCAUGAAGGCCAAUAUGGAGCAGCAAGCCUACGGCAUUGUGCGAAACAAGAGUGGCCACGGAAUCAGGGUGAGGUCUUCGGACUUUACAAAGAUGAAGCAGAAGUGGCAGCCUGCGUGGAAGCCUCUGGAAAAUACACCGUAUAACCUGCAGGUGAAGAUGCACUACGAGCUCCAAAAUAUGCCCCUCUGUUGUACGAAAGCUGAAGUCCAGAGGUUUCUCAGUCAGAUCAACUGGGAAGCCCUGGCGUUGAAGCAAAUCAAACCCAGGACAUGGCUCAUUGGUGCUGCAAACGGACCGGACAAACGGGUCCACCUGGCCGCUCACGGGACAGUGCUUAUUGCUGAGAAACUGUCCAAAGGAGGUGGCAAAGGCAAGUCUGACGGCAAGGGCGCGACUGGGAAAGGUCGUCCAUGGUGGGUGGCAGGUGCAUCGACUACACCGGCGGCACUACUCCAGAAGCAAACGAUCCAGACACAGCCACAGAUGACAAUGGACAUGGAUGCCAACGAGCUUGAGGACAAGAUCCAAAAGAAGAUGGACCAGAUGCACCAGGAGUCCAUGGCAUCGACCCGCCUCCUCAGGCAGGACUUCCUCAGCUUCCAGAAAGAGGUCAUUGCCAAACAGAAGGAGCAAGACAAGAUCAAUGAGACGGUGGCGACCAACGUCCAAUCCAUCACCACCUCCCUCUCGGCGGAGCUCACCCAGCAUGUCCAGAACAUCACCUCGGCUAUCACAGCCCAGAGGACGGAGUUUGCCCAAGAUCUAAGAAGUUCUCAGAUCUCCCUCAAGGAAGAACUUAUGGGAGAGAUGAGGACCCAGAUGGGAGCAAUGAGGAAGAGGACACCCAGCCCCUCGAAUAAGGAAGACGAGGCCAAGAAGGCCAAGCAGUGA